AUGCCGCUCAGGAACACCGCUAUCAAGCUUCUGAAAAACUCUUCUUUUUGUCUUAAAGUUAACGGAAGAUGCUUUCUUUCUUUCUCUCACUUCUUUUCUUCUGUUCACUCUUUACGUUUUACAACCCUACCCUUCUCUCUUGUUUACUUCUUUCCAUCUUCCUUCCAUUCAUUCAUUCAUUUCUUUCUAUUCUUCCUUUCCCUUUUCCUUAACAUUUUUCUCUCUUUAAUUCUUCCUCUAUAUUUCUUAACUUUCUUCCUCCCUUCCUUAACUUUCAUUCUUGUCUUUUUUCUUCUUUUUAGAUUUCUUUCUCUCCUGACACCUCUUUCCUUAUGUUCAUCUAUCUUUAUUUCCUCCUCUUUAUUUCUAAACGUUUUUUUCUAUUCUUUCAUUAUUUCAGUUUUUUUUUUCUUUACUGGUUUUUCUGUUAAACUUUACAUUUUUUUUUCCAUUUUUUUUCUCGCCAUUUUUCUUUUUUUUUUAAACAGAAAUCGCUUUCUUUUUGUAUCAUUCUCGCGUCUACGCCUUCUUCGACCGUUUCUUGAGCUUCGCAAACCUCUGAGAGAAACAUUCAAAUUUAACAAACAAUUCUUUAUACGUGAAAAGGCUCUCUCAAAGUUUCUUGACACCUUUAUCUAUCUAUCUAUCUAUCUAUCUAUCUAUCUAUCUAUCUAUCUAUGUCAUGUGUGUCUUUUCUAG